CUGAUGACUCCGCUUCGAGUUCUCGUGACAGGUGCUGCAGGCCAAAUCGGUUACUCCCUCGUCCUACAGAUCGCCAAAGGAGAUGCAUUUGGAAGGGAUACUCCAGUUGUCCUUGUACUUCUUGAUCUACCUUCUAUGGCAACAGUUCUCGAAGGAGUAAAAUAUGAACUCCAAGACUGUCUGAUGGUUUCCGGUGUGGACUGCGUAACAACAGAGAAGGAAGCUUUCACGGAUAUCGAUUACGCCUUUCUUGUUGGAGCUAUGCCACGUAAAGCAGGUAUGGAGCGCAGGGACCUUCUCGCAGCCAAUGCGAAGAUCUUCAAAUCUCAAGGCAAGGCAUUAGCUGAGUAUGCCAAAGCAUCUACCAAGGUGAUUAUCGUUGUUGCAAAUCCAGCCAAUACAAUGGCCCUUAUUUGCUCCAAGUAUGCGGCUCCGAAGAUAUCUGCUCGAAACAUCUCCGCAAUGACUCGACUGGAUCACAAUCGCGCCAUCGCACUGUUGGCAAUGAAGGCUGGGGUCUCAAUUGGGAACGUGAAGAACGUGAUUAUUUGGGGAAAUCAUUCCGACACUCAGUACCCUGAUGUCAGGCACGCUGUAAUUACCAAAGGUGAGAAAGACGUCGAUGCCUAUUCUGCGAUCAAUGAUUCCGAGUUCCUACAAGGUCCAUUCAUUUCGGCAAUCCAAAAACGCGGUGCGGUCAUUAUUCAAAAACGUAAGCUUUCGUCUGCCAUGUCAGCUGCAAAGGCUGCGUGCGAUCAAGUUCGUGAUUGGCAUUUUGGGACCAGGCCCGGGGAAUGGGUUUCGAUGGCAGUAUGUUCAGAUGGAUCAUACGGCGUUCCAGAAGGGCUAAUGUUCUCUUUCCCAGUCGUCAUUGAUGGAGAGACAAAGGAAUGGGAAAUCGUUCGAGGGCUCUCGCUUGAUGAUUUUGCGAGGAAAAAGAUUGCAAUCACUCAGAAGGAGCUCGAGGAAGAACGCAAUGAUGCAUUAAGAGCUUGUGGGGCUGUAAGCACAUGA